CCUCUUCUCCUCCAUCAGCUCACAGUCUGUCAGAACCUCUCCCAGCUCUCCAUAAGGACUCUAGCACUUCACACUACAGAUACUAGGACUUUCUUCUAGUCAUGAUUCGGGUUUCUCGGCUCGUGGUCGUGUUGUUACUGUUCACGCUCCAGGCUGUUGCUGUGGUGAAGGCUUUCUAUAUUCCCCCGAGGGCAUUGAUGGAAAAUGUAGACUAUACUCAAGCCGAAUCUGUUGCCAAGAUUCACUCUCAUUUCGAUGAUGGCACAGGGAAUAUCAUCUACUCUUUAGAGGGGAUUGGUGCAAACCAGUAUCCCUUCAAUGUGUUUGUGGUUGACCCUGUAACUGGAGUAAUUCGUGUGACUCAAGUGCUUGACAGGGAGUCCAUUGCUUUCUACAGACUGUCAGGUGUUGCUAGGUACAGAGAUGGUAGGCUGGCAGAAGAAAACGUUGAUAUACGAUUUAAGGUUGUAGAUCAGAAUGACAACCCUCCAGUGUUUGGAAAUAUCAUGCCCUGUGAGGUGCAGGAGCUCACUCCUCUAGGGACUUCUAUUAUGAAAAUAACUGCAACUGAUGCUGAUGAACCAGGGAAUGAGAACUCUCAGAUUGCCUAUUCCAUCGUAAAUCAGAAUCCACCCAAUGGCAUGUUUGGCAUUUCUACAGAUGGAACCAUCUUUGUCAACAGUUUUUUGGACAGAGAGGAAGCAGAUCAGUACAAUCUGACAGUGAGAGGUCAAGACUUAAAUGGCAAACCCGAGGGAAACACUGCAACCAGCACUGUUACCAUUAAGGUCCUGGAUGUAAAUGACAACCUUCCUACACUGAAACAAGAAAGGUUUGAGGGCGGCAUUGAAGAGGAUACACAAGGUGUGGAGGUGAUGAGAAUCAAAGCAGAAGACCUGGACCUGGAGGGAACAGACAACUGGGAAGCUGUGUUUGACAUUGUCAAAGGCAAUGACGCUGGAUACUUCAGCAUUAAAACAGACCCCAAGACCAAUGAGGGCAUCCUAAUGCUUGACAAGGCUGUAAAUUAUGAGGACAUGACGGACCUUGACCUAGGAAUAUCUGUUAGAAACAAGGCUCCACCAUAUGAUGGAUCUUGGGCAAGUUCUGGAACUAGUAGAAGUUUUGCAGGAGGGGGAGGCAGAGGGGGAAGAUGGCGAAGGGGAGGAGGAGGAACAGGUGGAUCAACUGGAGGUACUGGUACGGGAAGUGGGUCUGGAGGAUCAUCAUGGCAAAGUGGGACGACAUUUAAAACCUAUCCAGUCAAAAUCAAUGUAAAGAAUCAGCCUGAGGGGCCAGCCUUUGACCCCAAAGUCAAAGCUGUUCCCAUCUCAGAGGGAGGCAACUCCUUCAACAUUAAUGAUGUUAUUGCCCGCUACCCUGCAAUAGAUGGAGACACUGGGAAACCAGCUGAGAAUGUCAGGUAUGUCAAGGGCUCAGACCCUGACAACUGGCUAACCAUCGACCCAAAGACAGCUGAGAUCAAACUGAACAAGAUGCCUGAUAGAGAAUCUGAAUUUCUGGUCAAUGGGACAUAUUUUGCUAAAGUGCUGUGCAUCACUGAAGACCAGCCUGCUAAAACGGCCACCGGCACCAUAGCAGUCCAGGUGGAAGAUUUUAAUGACCACUGCCCCACCCUGACCAGCAACAUCCAGACUAUGUGUACCACGCAUGAUUCUGUUAUUGUGAAUGCUAAAGAUGAGGAUGUUUUCCCUAACGGACCUCCUUUUGACUUUGUAAUCGUCCAAGUGGGCACUAAGGGCAAAUGGCAAGUGGAGCAUCUCAAUGACACUGCAGCGAUCCUGAGGGCGAAGGAAUCCAUGUGGCCUGGUGUGUAUGAGGUGGAAUUUUUGGUCAAGGAUCAGCAGGGACAUUCCUGUCCAGAACCACAGAAGGUGAAGGUCCAAGUUUGCACCUGUGAGGAUGGAGUGCAGUGUGGAAAACGAGGCAGCAGUGGUCAGUCCAGCAAAGGGGUAGAGUUCGGAUCUGCAGGCAUCGGACUGCUACUUCUGGGCCUGCUGCUCUUACUACUCAUUCCCCUGUUGCUGCUCUUCUGCCAGUGUGGGGGAGUUGCUGGUCUUCCAGGAAACUUUACUGAGAUGCCUUUCGACAGGGCCAGGGAGAGAACACGAGAGUCCUGGUUGUUGGAGGGCCGGUAAGCAGUGGAGGGCAGCUUGUCCAAGAGGAAGGAGAUCUGUCCCAGAAGAGUGAUAUCUCUGGAUCUCAAAGAGUCCUCCACAGCAAAAGCAGCACGUCUGCUGAGUCUCAGAGCAGCAUGGUGGGUUCAUCUACCACCACAGUAAACACAACCCCCUCCUACCGCAAGGUGGUGGUGCAGGAGACACGAGAAAUUCACUGAAGGACAGAUUGGUGGGACAGCAGACAACCUCUUCAGUGAUGCCAUUAAGACUUUUCUCUGGCCUGGUCCAAAUGGUGAUGGGAUGCUUGUGGGACUCAACUAAUACAAAACAGUCAAUGGAGAGAGGGCAUGUUUCCCAUACUCCUUCCUUGACAAUUGAAUUUUUUGAAUUUUUCAAUGAAACAAAAAGAAAAGAAAAAAUGCCAAUCCCAGCCUCCCUUCAAGCAGUGCAUUCCUAAAGGUCAGGGGGAGAGGCAAUGUUACAUUACAGUACAUGGUCAUUACUUCAAAGAAAGGAAGGAAUAAAUAAACAAUAAAAUAACGACAAUGGUCAUCUAAUGUCCAAAACUAUCCUAGCAGACCUAUUUAGUAACUUAACGCAGUCCCACAUCUCUGUUGCUGUGCAGUUAUCUAGAGCAAAGUUCUCCAGCACAGAUAUCUCCACACAUACAUAUGAUUACAUUUGUUUAUUUUCUAUAUAUGAUCUUUUUUUUUUACAUUUUUUAUAUCUUCACCACUGUUAAGACUGUCUUAUAUCUUUAGUGGCACAGAAUGUCACACAAUCAUUUCAGUAUAAAAUCCGUAUAUUCUCAUAUUUUAUGUCGUUUUCAGUUAUAUUGUUUUGCAUUAUCUCUUACACAUUUAUAUGCCUGCUGUGUGUUGGCACCAAUAUAACAGACAUGAAUACUUUGGAUUUGGUAGAUCAAUUUUGUGCCAGAUUAGGUUGCUACAUAUGGUUGGAGCGAGAAACGUCAGUGUCCGUUCUUGUAAUGAAAGAAAACUGGGUAGCUGACUGAGGUUUAUUCCUUUAAGUUUACAAAAUCUUCUGUUUGCUCUGUAAGUUGUUCCCUUUUUCUUGUAUUCAAAAACAUUGAUGGGAAGCUCCACUUUUCAGGUUGUUCUGUAAAUACUUUUCUAAUAAAUAAUAAAUAUAGCAAUUUGGAUUGAAAAGAUACAGAAGAAAUAAUAGUGUAUUUACGGUACUCAUGUCUGCUAUGUCACCACAGGAGCUUAUAUCACUAAAGAGCUUAUACAGUAUACAGCUUAUACAGUAUUAACCAAUCUCCAGAAAAAAAUGAGACACUUCAAAAAACUGCCGUCCCUCUAAUGGCCACUUGAGGCUGGCACCAGAAGUGACUCAUUCCCCAUCCCCCUUGUUAAAUUGAUCAAUUUUACAGCAGAAAUAAACAUGUUUGCCACCUUCAUGACAACUGUUUGUGGGGUGAAUUUUUACAUAU